AGUAGAUAGUACUUACUUGAUAUUUAGUAGGCUGCCGCCUGAUCGGUAACGGCUCACGAGCGACUUUGCCGGUCUCAAGAUAGGUUUUUGAAGCCACUGCUCUCGGAAGUUUGCGCCGGUUUCACGGUAACGGCAGGGCUUUGCUUAACGUACUGUCCGGUUCUAGCGGGAGGGAUACAAAGGGAGGGACACCUGCUUGCUUCGUCCUCUUUCCAUUGCACUUGCGGCAGGGGGGCUUGGCGACGCGUCCACCAUGGUUUCUGAGAAGAAGGCCGCCAACAGCAACCGGGAGAUCCGGGUGCAGAAGCUGGUGCUCAACAUCAGCGUGGGCGAGAGCGGAGAUAGGCUCACCAGAGCAGCCAAGGUUUUGGAGCAGUUGUCAGGCCAGCAGCCCGUGUUCACCAAAGCCCGCUACACGGUGCGGUCUUUUGGCAUCCGGCGUAAUGAGAAGAUUGCCUGCUACGUGACGGUGCGCGGAGAGAAGGCCCUGCAGCUGCUGGAGAGCGGGCUCAAGGUGAAGGAGUACGAGCUGUUGCGGCGCAACUUCAGUGAGACCGGCUGCUUCGGUUUCGGCAUCCAGGAGCACAUUGACCUGGGAAUCAAGUACGAUCCUAGCACUGGCAUUUACGGCAUGGACUUCUAUGUGGUUCUGGAGAGGCCCGGCUACCGGGUGGGCCGCAGGAAGAGAGCGCCCUCGCGGGUGGGCAUUCAGCACCGUGUGACCAAGGAGGAUGCACAGAAGUGGUUCCAGGUUAAAUACGAGGGAGUGCUGGUCAACAAGAGCCAGAGGAUGGAGUAAGCAAUGACAGUGUCCACUUUGGCCUUAAUUUGCAGGCUUUCACAAACAAGUUUGCCAUUGUGCUUUAUCAUGGUCCUCUCAAUCCUCUCGUGUGGUGUCAUGCACCGGUGCUUGAAUAAGCGUUUCGUGCAUCAUGGUCAGAUGGGAGAGGUCGCAGGUCUCCGGGUUGCCAGCCAGACCUUUAAGUAGGCUUUCAUUGUCGGAGAUAAUACAGUACUCUUAAUGCCCAUAUGAUCAGAUCGCGGAAGCCCUCUGUUUUGGUUGCGAGCCGCAUAUAUCCUCAAUACGUU